UGCCAUGACCGAGUUUAUUAUCAGCUGCUGAGCACAUGAGCACAAAUGGCAGCUGAGGACAUGCCUGGGCAAUAUUGCCAACCUGUGAAAUGAAAUGUGGCUGAAGGAUUGCAGUUUCGGAGUACAAUGAGUCUGUUUGGAACGGGAGAUUUUCCUCGAUUCUUUAAUAUUUGAACCGGCUGGUGUGAAAUUUCUGCGAAAUUCGUGUUAAGCUACAAAUAGGAUUUGAGCUGUUCUUGUGAAAACUACUCUUGGAUCAAGUAUUGAGCAACAUUUUUUCUUACGACGGCGUUGCUCUUUUUUCUUACGAUGGCUCCAUGAAGGGAUGAGGUGAUAUGGGUUCCCUCUUCCCUCCAUGGCCGCUGCCUUCCACCGUUCGUCCUCUCCCGGCCGCUCGUCGCCGACCCCGGGAGCACCACCACGCGCCCCUCGCCGUUCCGUCCUCCUCGUCUCAUCACGUCCGUCUCCCUCCUCCCUCUUCUUCGCGCAGUGAGCUCCGUCUCACCCAAACUGACCUAGCCCGGGCGCACACGCCGGCGUCGAGGCGUGCCGUGCUCCGUCCAAGAACUGCCCCGGAAGCCGAUGCCGCGGCGGCCCUCAUGGUCGUCCGCGCGGAGGCCGGCGACUUCGCGCGGGCUCAGUCCAUCUGGGCGCAGCUCCUGCUCAGCUCCGCCGCGCCGUGCCUGGCCGCCGCAGCGCCCAGCCUCCUCCCGGCGUACGCGCGUCUCGGUCGCUACGACGAGGUCCUCCUCGCCGCGCGGGAGCUCUCCGCGCGCGACCCCGCCGCGGCGCGGGACCUCUACCCGCUCGCCGUCUCCUGCCUCGGCGCCGCCGGCGAGCUCGCCCUCAUGGAGGACGCCGUGCAGGAGAUGGCCCGCGCCGGCCUCCGCGUCGACUCCGCCACCGGCAACGCCUUCGUGCGGCACUACGCGGCCUCCGGCACCGUACCGGAGAUGGAGGCGGCGGUCGGCCGGCUCAAGAAGUCCGGCCUCCUCAUCUCCGUCGACGCCAUCCGCGCCGUCGCUUCAGCGUACAUCGCCAACCGGAAGUACUACAAGCUCGGCGAGUUCGUCAGGGGCGUCGGCCUCGGCCGCCGGGACGCCGGCAACCUGCUCUGGAACCUCUACCUCCUCUCCUUCGCGGCCAACUUCAAGAUGAAGUCGCUGCAGCGCGCCUUCCUGGAGAUGACCGCCGCCGGGUGCCGGCCGGACCUCACCACCUUCAACAUCCGCGCCGCCGCCUUCUCCAAGAUGUGCAUGUUCUGGGACCUCCACCUCACCGCCGAGCACAUGCGCCGCGACGGCGUCGCGCCGGACCUCGUCACGCACGGCUGCUUCGUGGACGCCUACAUGGAGCGCCGGCUCGCGCGCAACCUCUCCUUCGCGUUCCGCCGGCUGGACGGCUCAGGCGAGCCCGUGGUGGCCACGGACGGCGUCGUGUUCGAGGCGUUCGGCAAGGGGGGCUUCCACACCACCUCCGAGGGGCUGCUAGAGGCGGCCGGCGGGAAGCGGCGAUGGACGUACCACGACUUGCUCGGCGUCUACCUGAGGAAGCAGCACAGGAGAAACCAAAUCUUUUGGAACUACUGAUCUUCACCAGUACAGCACUGUUACACUAGUGCAACAAGGUAGUAGUACCAGAUGCUACGAUGUACAGGGAUGAUGUUAUGCUUAGAAACAAAAUCAUAGAUGUAAUGGAACUAUGGAAGAGUCUUUGUAAAGAUGAUUGUGCCAAAUUUGAUUUAUAAUCUCCCUAAAAAAUUACAGUACUCGCAUCAA